AGGAUACUUAGUGGGUGUAGGAGCAGGCAGAGCCAGCUAAAGCUGUAUUUGUGGUUUCGGCGCGAAUUUGUCUCCGCAGUUAAAAUGAUCAUUACGAAUAUAGAAGCUCCGCGACCUCAGAAAGUCAAGAUACUGAGACCGAGUGCUAAAACUUUAAAAAUCUUUGCAAUAAUUUCAAUCUUGCUGUUUGUUGUUAUAGUGGCGGUGCUGAUUGUGGUUAUGUUGAUCCUUUACUUCCCAGCCAAAUGUAUGGAUAACGAUGCUUGUAAAAGAUCUGAUCAUGCAGCAUGUGGUUGUGGACGUCAAAAAACAGUAACUGGCAGAAUUAUAGGUGGAAAAGGCACAAGGGAUGGCGAGUGGCCUUUUCAAACAAGUUUGCAGAUUUAUGGAAAUCACAUUUGUGGAGCAACCCUUGUGGCCUGUAGAUGGAUUCUGUCUGCUGCACAUUGCUUCAAGGGCAGGAAUAACACAGCGAUCUGGACUGCUGUUUUUGGCCUGCGUUUCCUGGAUCAGCCAAACAAACACGAAGUUCAGCGUCAAACAAUUAAGAAGAUAAUCAUUCAUCCUCAAAAGACAUCUUCUUCUUUUGAUUAUGAUGUUGCACUUUUGGAGCUGGCACAUCCAGUUCAAUAUACAAAUUUUGUCCAACCAGCUUGUCUGCCUGCAGCUACAGCAUCAUUCAUUUCUGGCAGGAGGUGCAUAAUUAUUGGGUGGGGUACAACAGAGGAAAACGGAUCACCUAGUAAUGAGCUUUUGCAGACUGAAGUGAAGGUUUUCAACAAUAGCCAGUGCCAAGAGGUCAUGCCAAGGAUAACUAAACAGAUGAUUUGUGCUGGGUUCUUUGAAGGUGGCAGAGAUGCAUGCCAGGGUGAUUCUGGAGGACCCUUGCUAUGUCAAGAUGAGAAUUCUCAGGCAUGGAUGGUAGCAGGAAUUGUUUCCUUUGGAGCAGGCUGUGGAAGACCUAAUCAACUUGGGGUCUAUGCAAGGACAACAGCCUUCCAGGAAUGGAUAGGAGAAGUAAUAAAUGGGUGAAGUGAUGCUGCCAGUCUGAGUCAUGGUGAUGCUAGAGAUGUCAUUAUUACUGCUGAUAAUAAUAAUAUGCACAGAUUUAUUGCAAUUGAUAAUAACAGUAAAUGGUUUACUAGUAAACCAUUUCAUAGCAUGAUGUAACUAUGCUGAAGUGUGGAUGGACAUAGCUGAAAACUUUCAAAGCUUUCUGUUGUUGAGACGUGAUUAUUGUUUCUCAUUUGAAAUGUAGGCAUUUCUUAAAGACAUCAUUAUUGUAUUCUGCAAUUAGUUUUUGAUUUUAAAUUAAUGUAACUACCUAAUAUUUGGACUGGAAUUUUCCAGCCCCUUACCGGUGGGAUCUUCCAGUCCCACUGAUGUGAAUGGAGAUUUCAAUGGCUGGCUGGCCCUGCCAUGCAGCGGGUGGCUGAAAUUCUGCCCUUAAGAUUCAAGUGACAGAAUAGUAUGCUGCCAAAACAAUGCUUUCUGCUUUGUUUUUUGCAUUUGCAAUAUGUUCUUAGACAAAUUAUUUAUAAUAAUCUGUUAAGUUUACUCUCACUGGAAUGCCUAAAUUUGGGUUUUAAAAUUAUUAGGCAUGUUGAGCCUGAAUAGUUUGCACCAAUUGCCUCUGGUGCCAAGUUAAUUACCCAUCAAGAAUAGUGGAAUUCUGUAUUUGACUGAAUAUUUUGAUGUGAAAUAUA